AUGGACAUUCUGCCGGUGAACUUCAAAGUUUUGCAAUUUUGCGGCGCGUGGAGAGAGCGGAUCGACGAUAACGCGUGCAUCAAACUCUCGCGUUUCUGUUACAAGUACGCGAUCGUGUUCUUGAUAUACGAAUUUACGAUACUUGAUGUCGUAGAGAUAAUUCGCACGCGCGAUCGCAUUCUCGAUUUAACGGAAGGUCUCUUUCUGGGAUUGACUUUUGUGACGCUGAGCAUAAAGUACGCAAAUUUUUUGCUACGGAAAAACGAACUGUCCACGCUGUUGGAUUGUUUGCGCGAACAAAUGUGCCAGCCGAGAAAUUCUAUGGAAAAGAUGAUAUUGGAAGAACACAAUCGAAAAGCUAAACGGAGCACUAUCUCCUUCCUGGCGCUAUCUUACACAGCCCUGCUGAGCUUCCUCGUUACUACAGCUAUGACACUACUGACCAAGGGCGAACGUGUAUUACCAGUAAAAUCGUACAUCCCGUACUCCGUGUCGGAUCUACUUCCCUAUCUGUUUACGUGCUUGCAACAACUGGUCUCCAUGUUUUACGCGAUAAUGCUCAACGUUUCCUUCGAUUCUCUCGUUUACGGCUUCGCAAUUCACGCCUGUGCGCAGAUCGAAUUGAUGUGCUGUCGAUUAACGCGAAAUUUGCAAAGAGACAUGUCGUCCGGACGCACGAAGACCGCGACCGCUUCGAUCGAGGAAUGCGUCCGUCAUCAUCUUCUCGUGAACAUUCUGGUUAAGAAAACGCGCGCGCUCUUCAUCUGGACGGUCAUGAUCUUCUUCUUCUCUGGUAUGUUUAUCGUGUGCACCAGUAUCUUUUUGAUAUCGAAGAAGAAACUGCUCAGUACGGGCUUUUUUUCUAUGCUUUUGUAUCUGAGCGGUAUAAUGCUUCAGUUGUUCUACUACUGCUGGUACGGAAACGAGCUUGAAUUAAAGAGCAAGAGCAUCGCGACUGCUAUUUAUUCCAGCGACUGGUUAAUGACAACGCCGCGAGAGCGUAAAUUGCUGAUGCUAGUUAUGUUAAACAGUCAAAAAGGCAUAGCGUUUUCUUAUCACGGGAUAUUUGCGUUAUCUCUUGAUACUUUUACUUGGAUUUGCAGAGCUUCUUAUUCAGCUUACAAUCUUCUGCAGCAGGCAUCCAAGUAAGACAGCUGUCGCACGAUGAAAAGACUAACAUUUAUUUUGUAAACGGUACGUGCUUUAUUGUACAAAAACAAACAUAAUAGCAAUAUAGAAUAAUCUGUUUGAAGAAUGUUUGAUGAACAUGUAGUUUUCAAUAAACGUGUCAUUUUUCAAAGGAGUUAAAAUUAUUCACGCGAAAUGCGUCCAUAGAAAAAAAAACACACAGAACAAAGUAGCGGAAAUUAAGUAUGUACAUAAUUUAUGAUACAGUUCUCUGAUAAAACAUUCAACAGAAUGAAUUAAGAACGCGCAGUGUGAAAAAUUCCAAUGAUUUUGAUCGAUAGACCGUUUACAAAUGGUGCAAUCGUACAGAACAUCGGAAUUUCUAAAAUUUUCGAGUUCUCAGAUUAUGUCGUUUUGUUUUAUUUAAUCGCGAUUAUCUUUUGUGUUUACACGUGCAAGUUAGUAGUCGUAUCGCGUUAUCAACGCAGAGUCCGCGCAUGU